CGUUUAGUAGCACGUGUGUGACAUCACAGAGCGAUCAAGUGUCAAGGUCCCAAAUUUUCUAAUUUUUUUGUAAAUAUUUUGACCAUAAGAUUGAAUACAAAAGGUAAUCAAUUAGUUAUUUUUUAUUUUGUUGAUAAAUUUAAACUAGGAAAUUAAUCUAUGUUCGUCAAGAUUUAGAAAAUCAGUGUUUUGGUAAAAAAGCUAUGAGGGUCGUACUAUGAUUCAGAGUAUAUUUUGAGGCAGUAAAAUGAAGUCAUGCAAUUGUAUGUACUUAGAAUCACACCCAGACAUAUUGCAGGACAGUGCACUGUUAGGUACAACAGUUUUUUCCAAGCCCCACAAAAGAAAAAAGAGUUCUGGGAUAGAAAACUAGUAGGGUUUUCUAUGGAGGAAAUGUAUCAUGUUGUAGCAGAUGUUAAAAGUUACAAAUUAUUUUUACCAUUUUGUACAAAGUCAACCAUAUUAAAGAAAUUGCCAAAUGAACUUAGAGCCAAUUUGGAAAUAGGAUUUCCCCCAAUAGUCGAAAAUUAUACUUCAAGGGUAUUGUUAGAUAAACCUAGAUCAGUGCAAGCGAUUUGUAAUGAUGGUCGACUAUUUAACUACUUAGAAACAACUUGGAGGUUUAAUCCUGGAUUAAGAAGUAACCCAAAGUCAUGUAUUAUUGACUUUUAUAUAAGGUUUGAAUUCAAAUCUUUAUUAUACUCUCAGGUAGCUUCAAUGUUUUUUGAGAGAUUAGUUCAGCAGAUGGAACAUGCUUUCAUAAAUGAGGCUGUAAGAAGAUACGGCAAAGAAUCAUUGACAACACACAAACUAAGUCCUGUUAAAAUUAAAAGUUGAUUUUAGUAUAAAAUUUAUUAUGUGAUUGUAAAUAAUUUUAUUUAUACAUUAAUAAAUGUGAUAUAUACA